CAUCACUGCGCUUUUUUCCCUUUAUUUGGGAAGCUAGUAUAACAAGCUACGUCGCCCCAACAUUUUAGCAUUUAGGGCGGCUUUUGUGAUGUCUGCGUUACCGUUACGUUUGUUCAGUUGCUUGACGCUUUUAGAGUUUUCAAAGUUAUGUAGAUGCCGUAGUCUUGCAUUUCCGUGUCACUGUCACAAGUAUUUUUCGUACAAUACUAAUCGUCUCGCAGUAUCUUUAAGUAGGCAUAAUUGUUCCUACGUCGCUUCAUAUGUUCACAACUCUGCGUCAAGUUUUCGUACAUGCUGGAGCUGCAGCAGGUUAGUAAAAGACCUAUCUUUCUUUUGUGAAUGUGGAAAAGUGCAGCCAGUUAGUCCCCAUUGGUCUUAUUUCGAUGUUCUUGGUUAUCCAAACCCGGAACCUGUGAUAGAUGUAAUCGAUCUAGGAGAUCGGAUGCGGCAAACCCAGAAAUUGCUACACCCUGACAAAUUUAGUGCGAAAACACAGUAUGAAAAAGACCUUGCUUCAGAUGCAUCAGCCUAUGUAAACAAAGCAUAUAGCUGUCUACAAAAGCCCGUUGAUCGUUAUGAAUAUCUCCUUCAUCUUCAUGGUGUAUCAACUGAUAACGUAGAUUUCAAGAAAUCGGAUAAUACAGAGUUUUUAUCAGAAGUAAUGAACAUCAGGGAGAAGGUUGAGGAGGUGAUUCGCGAUGUUUUGAAUCCCAGUCGUCCUGAGAAAUCACUUAGUGAAUUGUCUGGUACCGUUAGAGAACUUGUCAGUGAACUUCGUCAAAGAUUAAAUGAUGAGGAAAAGAUGAUAAUCAAUCUAAUUUCCAGAUCGGACUGGACUGAUGCGCUAAUAUCUCUUUCAAGGUUUAAAUAUAUUCUUAAGGUAUUCGAGGAAUUACGAGAGUAUGAAUUUGCGUGGAAGCAGCUUGGUAUCAAUGUAACGACAACGUGAAAAUAGUUCAUUCCGAGACUAAGAUUCUGUCUUACUUGCUUUGCUUGUCUACUUUUUAUUUAUACUAACUAAUAGAUCGUUAUUGUUUUAGUAAAGCUUUAAAAAACUUACUUUCCAGAAAUUCUCUCGUUCUUAGUUAUGCGAAAUUGUGAAGUCCUCGUAUUUCAGGAAAACCGAUUACCAAAAAAAACUUUGUCUAUGCUAAAUACAAAGCCUUGAUUUGGUUUAACAGCAAUUUGUAGUUGGUUUCUCGACAAUUUUAUUUGAACGUCGAUUUUUUCAUGCAUCCGUGAUAACAACUUGGAAUGAGGUAAAACUGAUAGCCAGGCUUUUUUUACUUAUGUUUUUGUUCAUAGUGUCUAUUGAAUUAAUGUCCCAGGAGUAUAGGCUAAUGACUAACAAGUUUAGCAUCUCGGAGCACUUAUGUAAUGGAUUGUCUAAUACUACUAGGGAACUUGCUGGUGAACUUUGUCAAAGGUUAAAUAAUGGAGAAAAGAUAAUCGAUCUAAUUUUCAGAUUAGACUGAGCGCAUAUGUAUUUGGUGCCCCUUUUUACCAAUAUUUAUGUGUUCAAAUAAAUAAAUA